UCUCUCUCUCUAGACAAGAUUGAUGAUGAGUUGGAGAUGACCAUGGUGUGUCACAGGCCAGAGGGUCUGGAGCAGUUGGAGGCCCAGACCAACUUCACCAAGAGAGAGCUACAGAUCCUCUACCGAGGCUUCAAGAAUGAGUGCCCGAGUGGAGUGGUGAAUGAAGAAACAUUUAAACACAUCUACGCCCAGUUCUUCCCUCACGGAGAUGCCAGCACUUACGCUCAUUAUCUCUUCAAUGCGUUUGACACGACAAGCAAUGGAUCCAUCAAGUUUGAAGAGUUUGUAAUGGGACUGUCUACACUGCUGCGGGGCACUCUGAGAGACAAGCUGGAGUGGACUUUUCAUCUGUAUGACAUCAACAACGAUGGCUACAUUAACAGAGAGGAGAUGACUGAGAUUGUGAGGGCCAUUUACGACAUGAUGGGGAAAUAUACCUACCCUGCACUCAAGGGAGAUGUCCCUAAGCAGCAUGUGGAUGCUUUUUUCCAGAAAAUGGAUAAAAACAAAAAUGGAGUUGUGACUUUAGAGGAAUUCAUUGUCGCAUGCCAGGAGGAUGAAAUGAUGAUGAGAUCCAUGCAGCUCUUCGAAAAUGUGAUGUAA